AUGGUCCUUCCAGCAACUCCAGAUCACCAGAUCGUCAGUGUUCACCGCAUCUUUCUAUUUCAUCAGCGAGUGGGCGUUCGACACCUGCAUCUGCAAGCUGCUCUGGUGGUUGCAGUUUUAGUGAUAGCCGCGUCAACAUUUCUGGAGGCAACGCUCGCUGUGCAGUAUAUGGUAGGGGGAGCCGUAGCAAAGUGGAGCUUUCUUCAGCCGAAUUCUAAUCUCACCUUCUACAACGACUGGGCGAAGAACAGCAAUUUCAAAACUGGCGAUUCUCUUCGUAGAGGCAGAAUUUGUGGCAUGUACCCUGCCUACGACGCCUGUCGGCAAGUGGUUUACUCAAUACUCAUUUCCAAGGCGGGUACUUAUUACUUCAUCUGCGGCACUCCACUUCAUUGCAAUCAAGGCAUGAAACUCUCCAUCCCAGCAACUGGAGAAUUUGUUGAGGCGCCUCCUCCUCCUGCUCCUGCUCCUAAUCCUGCUCCAAACGCCAGCCAUGCCACAUCGACUUCAAUCUUCUCGGGCGAUGUUUCACUUCUCGUCUUAGCAUUGUCCGCUUUGAUUGCUGUCUCAUUGUGACGGGUCUAGAUUUUGCUCAUCUUCUAUCAUGUCGACUUAGACCGUAACAUAGUGGUUCUUAGCGCAUAAUAUUCUAAUCUUAAUUCGACCUGUUGCUUUCCGUGCAAAUCUGAAUCGUUGAUAGCGGCUUAAUGCUGUUAUGUAAGCAGAAAUUUGGUGAGAUCAUACGAUCAUUACCAGUUUCUUGCGUAGAACUUCACCUUUUGCGAUGUCGUUGAAGAGAUCUCGUAUUGCACGGAAGAAUAAUAAACAUUAAUAUAAAGCGUUCACGCAUGCCGUAUUUUUCGUUAGUAA